AUGAAACUGUUCGGUAGCAGCAGCACCUUGCUUCUGAUCCUGAUUAUCGGGCUGGUGUGGAGUGAACAGCUGGAAGAUGACAGUGACACCAACGAUCUGGAAACGGCUGAAUCCGCGUUUCAUAUCGAUCCAAAGACUGUGAUCUUUACCGGUCUGGCGGGUAUUGGGGCGCUGGUGGUGAAGGGUAUCGCACUUGGCAUCGGUGGCGGUAAGCUGCUGUUCUUGGCCAAACAUGCCGGCAACUCGCACAACUCUGGCUGGGACAGCUCAUCCUCCAAAUCCUACUCAUCGCACCCGUCCUACCCGUCCUACAAGUCGUACUCGAGCAGCCAUUCCUCGUCGGACGAGGUGAAGUCGACGUCGUACAGCGGCAGCCUGAAGGUGUCCGGUUCGCUAACGCCGGUGAGUUCCCAAUCUUCGUCCGACGCUGCUGACUCGUCCACGUCCGCACCAUCCAAGACGAGCCUCUCGCUGGACGAUGUUGAUGAUCCACUGCCUGAAAAUUGA